AGCUGUCCAUAAUUCUGUCCCUGCCCGCGUUUAUCGUCAACUCUAGUCCAACGCGCAUGCGCAGGUCAGAGGGAGCGGAGAUGGAGCGGUGGUUCCCGGCGAUGCUCGUGGUGGCCGUGAUGCUUCCGGCGGCCGCCGAGGGGUUGAUCCGUCACUACAAGUUCAGUGUGGUGAUGAAAAACGUGACGAAGCUGUGCGCGAGCAAGCCCAUCGCGACAGUCAACGGCAAGUUCCCGGGGCCUACGCUUUACGCCAGGGAGGACGACACCGUCCUCGUCCGGGUCGUCAACCACGUUUCCUACAAUGUCACCAUUCACUGGCAUGGGGUGAGGCAGUUAAGGACGGGCUGGUCAGACGGACCGGCAUUCAUCACGCAGUGCCCGAUUCAGCCAGGACAAAGCUAUAUCUACAACUUCACCCUCACGGGCCAGAGAGGCACUUUGCUCUGGCAUGCGCACAUCACUUGGCUCAGGUCGACCCUUCACGGCGCCAUCGUCAUCUUGCCCAAGCGAGGAGUCCCUUACCCCUUCCCAAAGCCUUACAAGGAAAAGACAAUCAUUUUCGGUGAAUGGUGGAAAGCCGAUACCGAGCUCGUGCUCAGUCAGUCAGUACAAUCAGGGAUGCCGCCAAAUAAAUCAGAUUCUCACACCAUCAAUGGAUAUCCGGGGCCUUUGCCUAAUUGCUCUUCUCAGGGCUAUGAACUCCAGGUUGAAAGUGGCAAGACCUAUCUCCUGCGGAUCGUGAACGCUGCCGUGAACGAUGAGCUUUUCUUCAAGAUCGCGGGGCACAACUUGACUGUGGUCGAAGUCGAUGCAUCCUACACCAAACCCUUCAGCAUCGACACGAUAUUUAUCGCUCCGGGACAGACCACCAACGCCCUCCUAGCUGCCGACAAGAGUGGCGGGAGCUACAUUAUGGCCAUCUCUCCUUUCAUGGACACUGUUGUUGCAGUCGACAAUUUGACCGCAACUGGGAUUGUGCAAUACAAGGGCACCAUCGCCUCUGCUCCUACGGUCCAAGCCAGCAUUCCUGCCAUUAAUGCCACCUCGUUUGAAUUCAGCUUCAUUAACUCGCUUCGGAGCCUCAAUUCGAAGCAAUACCCUGCAAAAGUCCCGUUGACGGUCGAUCAUUCCCUUUUCAUCACAAUGAGUGCCGGAGUGAACCCAUGUUCCACCUGUGUCAACGGGAAAAAGCUGGUCGCGGCGUUGAACAAUGUGAGUUUCGUGAUGCCGAGCACCGACAUCCUCGAAGCACAUUACUACAAGAUAAAAGGGGUUUACACCGAUGAUUUCCCUGGAAACCCCCCGACGCCAUUCAAUUACACAGGGACCCCUCCGAGUAACAUGCAGACGACAAACGGGACGCGAGUUUACAAGCUUGCAUACAACUCAACAGUUCAGGUUGUUCUUCAGGGCACUUCUAUAAUAGCACCCGAGAACCACCCUACUCAUUUGCACGGUUUCAACUUUUUUGGCAUCGGGAAAGGCUUGGGGAAUUUCGACCCAAAUAAGGACCCCAAGAACUUCAAUCUGGUCGACCCGGUCGAGAGGAACACAAUCGGAGUGCCUACCGCCGGAUGGACCGCGAUCAGAUUCAGAGCAGAUAAUCCAGGUGUUUGGUUUCUGCACUGCCAUUUGGAAGUGCACACAACAUGGGGACUGAAGAUGGUGUUCAUUGUGGAAGAUGGCGAUGGCCCAAACGAGUCCCUUUUGCCUCCUCCUGCUGACCUUCCGAAAUGUUAGGAAAAUUUUGUGGGGUGGGCUUUCCAAUUUGGUGGUUUGAGAAUGGACAGUUUGACCAAUCAGCAGGGCCGCACUGUCGGGCCAGGAGACUUGGGAGUGUCUGAAGAAGAGAUUGAGACCUCAUGAUGAAAACACAAAAAACAAAAAACAGAGCAUUCAAGAAUUCUUCUUGGUUUUUAAAUUUUAGUGGGGUGGGUUGAAGGUGAAUUCGUUGUCUUUGAACUAAGUCAAAAGUCCAUCUCUAUUUAAAUAGCAUAUGCUCAAGCAUAUCUGUCCUUGUUGCUCAGAGAAAUUUCGUGUAAUAUCAUUAUCGUUUUCAUUGAAGGAUUAAAGUCACUUAAUUUUCUGAAA